GUAGGCUAGUAUUAAAGGCCAGAUUUGCAUGUAAUAUUGUAUUUGUGCGGGUUUAGUAGUCGUGCACUCAUUUAAUUUGUGAUUUGUACACAACAUGUCGGCGGAGUGCUGCUGCAUUGGUGUAGACGUCGGGUACACCAACACUGACGCCGUUAUUCUGAGAGGGAACACGGUGAUAGGAUGGGCAAAGACCACCACUACUGAAGAUGUUACAGGCGGUGUCGUCGCCGCCAUAACUACGGCAUUGCGGGACAUGCAGUCACAAGGUCAUAUGGAUAGUAUAUCGCAGGUCAAUAUUGGCACGAACCAGUUUGAAAAUGCUGUAAUUAAAAGAAGAAAUCUGGCUAAGGUAUCAGUAAUAAGAUUAUGUGGGCCGGCUUCAACCAGUUUACCACCAUGCAUUGACAUGCCCGCAGAUCUUCGCAAGGUAGUAUGUGCUUCAACACAUUUACUGCAAGGCGGAAAUGAAUACGACGGAACCGAGAUAACAUCUGUAGAUAUAGCGGAGGUCAAAGGUUGCAUUCAACAGAUCAAAGAAAAGGGAAUCGAAAACGUGGUAGUCUGUGGAAUAUUUUCCCCGGUUAAUUCAGCUCAAGAAUUAGAGGUUGCAGCGAUUUUAAAAGAAGAGUACCCUGGCGUCAGUCUGACGUUGUCCCAUACAGUGAGUGGCAUUGGUUUACUGGAGAGAGAAAAUGCAGCAGUAUUGAAUGAAAGUUUGAAACCGUACUUUUUAAAAACCACCAGUGACUUUGAUAUAGCCCUGCAGAGUCUUGGUCUUGAUUGUUCUCUUUACCUUACGCAGAAUGAUGGUACAAUUCUCAGUGCUAAAGAUUUUUUAGAAUUUCCCGUGCGUACAUUUGUAUGUGGAACCUCUAACAUUGUGAGAGGAGCAUCACAUUUAGCUUGCAUCGAAGAUGCUACAGUUAUAGACAUCGGUGGUACAUAUACUCAUGUGUGUGGUAUGGCAGGAGGAUUUCCCAGGUUAACUUCAUCUAUCGUAGAGAUGGGUGGAGUGAGAACCAGCCUCAGAAUUCCUGCUGAGAAGAGAAUAUGUCUGGGCGGAGGAUCGCAUGUAAAUUUUGUGCAACUUCCCGACGCCAAGAAAUCUGUAAAAGUCGGACCGUUGAGUUGUGGAAACAAGCUUACUAUCCAAGGGAUGGUUUUUGGUGAACUGGUUGAAAAUCAGGUAUUGACGGCGACGGACACUGCUGUUGCAGCAGGAGUAGCAAACGUAGGAAAACCUGAGAAAGCAAACCAAUUAGACGAACAGUUAUUUGCCUCUGCGGUUAAAGAAAUGCGCUUGAUGGUGGAGGCUGCACUUGACCAAGUUAAGAUGGAACCAAGAGACCAACCCGUAAUAUUACUUGGUGGCGGGAGUAUUCUAAUUGAUGACAAACAGAAGCUACAAGGAGCAUCCAGUGUCAUCAGGCCACCACUCUUCGAGGUUGCAAAUGCCGUGGGAGCAGCUCUUGCACAGGUCGGUACCGAAUAUAGUAAGAUAGUCAAAAUGGACAAGAAGGUCAAACAAAUAAUACAAGAACACACUGCUGGAAAAUCUGUAUUUGAUACUGGAGUGAGAGACGUCAUACAUAUGACUAUGAGUGAUGUAGCUGAUGAGAGCAAGCCAUUUACCUCUUCCGUAAACUUUGGGAAAGUUUUCAGACAAUCCAUACAUGGUGAUGUAUCUAAGAAUGACAUAAAAGAUGCAGGUUUUAGCGAUGCAUCGGCAGAACAAGAACAAACCACAAUGGGAGACAUUGAUGGCCAACCACGUAUAGAUACUUCAACAGGGGAAUGGCUAUUGUCAGAGUGGGACGUAGAUUGUAUUGCUCUCGGUGCUUCUAUACUCGGCUGCGGUGGAGGGGGUGAGCCUUAUUUACAGAAACUGCAAUGCAAACUUAUACUGCGAGAUGGCAAGAAGAUACGAAUUAUAACACCAGAAAGUAUUAACAAUACUGGAUUCGUUUCUUGUGUUGCCGCUUUGGGUGCACCAUUGAUUGAAAUAGAAAAACCGGCUGUGGACACCAUAAUAGAACCUGUUGUAUGCCUACAACAAAUAAUCACAUCAAACAAUAUUCUGGAUGAAGCAGUCGACAUUGAAGAGGACUUAAAUGGACUUAAAUAUAUUGACGACUUUCAUGGCCAAUUGGUGAAAAACGUGGAUACACCAGGAUUGAGUGCUAUAAUGAGUGCUGAGAUUGGUGGUGUAAAUUCAUUGAUACCAUUAUAUGUUGGUGGUCUCUUGGAUCUCCCAGUUGUGGAUGCAGAUUUCAUGGGCAGAGCUUUUCCGGAGUUCCAGAUGUGUAUACCCAAUAUGUUUGAUGUGCCAGCGUAUCCGUGCGCAUUCUCAAAAGCAAAAGUGAUCAUUGAUGGUUAUAACGCAUAUGCUGGUCAGUCACUUCGUGUCGAAUGCCGGAACGAAAAUCUGACUGCAACUCUUCACUGCAUGACAGGAGAAUCUAAGGUUGUAGCAUGUGUUCCUGACUUGAUCGCUAUCGUUGACACUGACACUGGGGAGGCUAUUCAUUUUGAUGAGUUACGAAAUAAUCUACGUGUCACUGUGCUUGUGUUCGCAUCACCGCAUAUUCUAAGAACACCGACAGCAUUGAAGGUCGUUGGUCCACAAGCGUUUGGAUAUCCAGAAGAUGUUCAGUACCAUCCUGUGGCGGAUUACACAGAAUAUAAACCUGUUCAUCAAUGUGCAGCAAAUAGUUUUUAA